AUGGCAAAAAACACUCUGGACACACAAUCUACAAUAUUUGUGUCCCUUUUUACUUUUGCCACAUUAAAGUAAUGGCAUUAUUCAAUACAAGAUAGCUUAAAUGCAUCUUGUAUCUGCACGCUUCUUUACAAUCACUACUAUAUAUAUAAUAAAUAAUAUUAAAUGUCUCAAUUGUCUAGAUAGAUGAAGAAGAUCGGUAAUUACUAGCUAGGCGAUUUGCUAGGAAGAGGUUCGAUUGGUACUGUGUACAAAGGAUUGAAUUUGGAAUUAGUAAAAAACACACAAUAAUAGAGGGAACACUUGUGGCAAUAAAGCAAGUGUCGAGAGCCACAUUGAAAGAAGAUCAAUAUAAAGCAUUACAGCAAGAAAUCUACCUAUUGAAGAAACUGAGACAUGAAAAUAUCGUGAAAUACAUAGAUUGUAUAGAGACAGAUCAAUUUUUAAAUAUCAUUCUGGAAUACAUAGAGAGUGGUAGUUUAGCAAGCAUUUUAAAGAAGUUUGGAUCAUUUCCAGAGUCUUUGGUUGCUAUAUAUGUAAAAUAAGUAUUGAAGGGAUUGGAAUAUUUACAUUAAUAAGGGAUUGUCCAUAGAGAUAUAAAGGGUGCAAAUAUUUUGACUACUAAAGAUGGGUAAUUAAAAUCAUAAGAUAAUAAAGUACUGUAAAAUUAGCUGACUUUGGAGUAGCCACAACAUUAUCUGAAGAUACGACAUAAAGCAAUAAUAUAGUUGGUACUCCAUAUUGGAUGGCACCUGAAGUGAUUGAAAUGUCUGGACAUUUAUCAACAUCCUGUGAUAUUUGGUCUUUAGGAUGCACAGUCAUUGAACUUUUAACAGGAAAUCCCCCAUAUUUUGAUAGAUUGUAAUAUGCUGCAAUGUUUUAAAUUGUACAAAGAGAUUGUCCACCUUUACCAGAAGGUAUAUCAAAUGAAUGUAGAGAUUUCCUUAUUCAAUGUUUCUAAAAAGAUCCUACUUUACGAGAUGAUGCUACUACUAUGCUCAAACAUCCUUGGAUUACUAAAAGUUGGCAUAUUGUUCAAGGACCUAAUCUACCUGAAGAAGUAACUAAUACUAUUCGAAAUCACAUUGUAGAUUAAUCCAAUUUCGGAACAUUCAUUACUGACUCAUUUAUUGAAUAAGUACCUUAAUUAGUCUAAUGUUAAUCUCCAAGAAAAAUUGAUAAAAGUAGUGCUGUUAGAGAUUCCUAAUUGGAUUCACUUAGAUAACUUAAAUUAAGAACUAGUCAUCAAAUUAAAUAAAAUGGAUUUUGGGGUUAAAAUGAAGAUGGUAAAAGUAUGAGAGAAAUUAAUGAACUUAUUACUUAAUUAACAGAAUAAAGUGACAAUUCAUAAAUAAUUAAAAUAUUAGAAUAGUUGAAAGACACUAUUCCAAAUGAUAAAUGCAAAGAAUAUUUUAUUCAUACUGGUUUAACAUCAUUAUUGGAAAUUAUUGAAAAAUAUAUGCCACUUUAUUGUGAAAAUAAUUCAUAAGAUUAAUCAUUAUAAAUUUUAAAAUUGAUAUUUGAAUUAAUAAAUAUAGUUGUAGAUUAGAAUCCUUAAUUAUUAGAAUUAUCAUGUUAUUUGGGUGCAGCAACAUUUUAUCAACAAAUCACUUCCUCUGAAUUUCAUAAAGAAUUAAGAGUUGAAGCAGCAUAUUUUUUAGGAUAAUUAACUUACUUCAAAGAAGGAUACCUACUCUCUAUAGGAGGAUUGGAUAACCUUUUAGAACUUAUUGACACAUCAGAUAUCUCAGAUAAUAUAGAUUUAAUUGGUUUAGCAUUAGACACCAUCAUUUUACUUUAUGAUCUUAAUACUAUAAGUUAAAGAAAUUUAAGUAGACUUUUAACUAGUAAAUUCAUCACCUAUAGAUUAGUCCUUAUAGCUGAGUAAGUUUAAAAUAUAGAUCUUAAUUUAAUGAUUAAAUCUUUGAAUAUCUUAGUCAUUCUGGCUAAAUGUGAUGAUAAAAUAGUUAAAUAAGCUCUUUGCGAAAAAGAAGUUAUAACCAGAUUAGCCACUUUCCUUAAUUAAAAUUAAGAAUAAUCAUUACUAAAAACCAUCAAAAUAUUUAGGUAUCUCUGUACUGAACCUCAUCUUUAACCACAUUUAGAUGGAUUUGCUAUUAUACCUAGGGCCUUAACUUUAUUAAAAAAGGAUUUACCAACUCAAGGACCUAUGAUUGCAGAUAUUCUUAGAAUUAUAUUUUAUCUUACAAAACUCAAUCAUGAUAAAUAAGAAGAAUUAUGUCUUUAUGAAGGUGUUCCCUUAUUGUUAGAAUUAUUUAAAUUACCAAGUGAAUAAGAAAACUAAAUCUCAAUGAAAAAGGCAGCUAUUAGUAUACUUUGUUCUCUAGCUACUUCUUCAGAAAGAUGUAAAUAAAAACUAUAAGAAAAUGGAGGUAUUAGCAUUUAUGUUGGCUUAUUAACAACAAAUUUAAAUAUUACUAAGUUACUUGAUACUAUUGUAAAAUUAAUAGAACUUGAUUAAACUUAAAGAAUUCCUCUGAGUAAAAAUAUUGACAUUCUUGUUGCAUAUUUUAAAAAUAAUACAGUUCCAAUGUACCCCACUUUAGUAAAAGUAUUAGCAAAAGAAUUUGGACUUAGUCUCUUAUUUAGGAAAUAACUGUUAGAACUCCUAAUUUAAAAGGAUUAAAGUCAGUUGAACUUAAAACAUUUGCUACAGAUUCUGUAUUAUCUACUUGAAUCUGAUUCAAUAAAAAUUAAAGACAUGUUUAAGAAUUCUAUUCUAUAGCAACUAAUAGAACAAGAAGAACAUGGUCUGGCGGUUUAGGGCAUUGUAAAGUAAAUUAAGGAAUUGAUAUUAUUAAAAUAA